AUGGGGAAGGCCAUCGACCUGGUGACCAAGGCCACCGAGGAGGACAAGGGCAAGAACUACGAGGAGGCGCUGCGGCUCUACCAGCACGCCGUGGAGUACUUCCUGCACGCCAUCAAGUAUGAGGCUCACAGCGACAAGGCCAAGGAGAGCAUCCGCGCCAAGUGCAUGCAGUACCUGGACCGGGCGGAGAAGCUGAAGGAAUAUCUGCGCAGCAAGGACAAGCAGGGCAAGAAGCCCGUCAAGGAGGCCCAGAAUGACAGCAAGGGGAGUGACAGCGACAGCGAGAGCGAGAACCCCGAGAAGAAGAAGCUGCAGGAGCAGCUGAUGGGUGCCAUCAUGAUGGAGAAGCCCAACGUGCGGUGGAGCGACGUGGCCGGCCUGGAGGGAGCCAAGGAGGCCCUGAAGGAGGCUGUGAUUCUGCCCAUCAAGUUCCCGCACUUGUUCACCGGGAAGCGCACGCCCUGGCGCGGGAUUCUGCUCUUCGGGCCGCCCGGCACCGGGAAGUCCUACUUGGCCAAGGCUGUGGCCACCGAGGCCAACAACUCCACCUUCUUCUCCGUGUCCUCCUCCGACCUGAUAUCCAAGUGGCUGGGAGAGAGCGAGAAGCUGGUGAAGAACCUCUUUGAGCUGGCACGGCAGCACAAACCCUCCAUCAUCUUCAUCGACGAGGUGGACUCGCUGUGCGGCUCCCGCACCGAGAACGAGAGCGAGGCAGCGCGGCGCAUCAAGACAGAGUUCCUGGUGCAGAUGCAGGGCGUGGGCAACAGCAGCGACGGCAUCCUGGUGCUGGGCGCCACCAACAUCCCCUGGGUGCUGGACUCGGCCAUCAGGAGAAGGUUCGAGAAGCGCAUCUACAUCCCGCUGCCCGAGGAGGCGGCCCGAGCGCAGAUGUUCAAGCUGCACCUGGGCAACACGCCGCACUGCCUCACCGAGGCCGACGUGCACGAGCUGGCGCGCAAGACAGACGGCUACUCGGGCGCCGACAUCAGCAUCAUCGUGCGGGACGCCCUCAUGCAGCCCGUCCGCAAGGUGCAGUCGGCCACGCACUUCAAGAAGGUGCGAGGCCCCUCGCGCACGAACCCCAACGUGAUYGUGGACGACCUCCUGACGCCGUGCUCGCCCGGGGCCCCUGGCGCCACUGAGAUGACCUGGAUGGAGGUGCCCAGCGACAAGCUGAUGGAGCCCAUCGUCUGCAUGUCGGACAUGCUGCACUCCCUGGCCACCACGCGCCCCACCGUCAACACCGAGGACCUGCUGAAGGUCAAGUUGUUCACAGAGAACUUCGGGCAGGAAGGCUGAGGCUGUGGCCAGGGCCGGCAGCAGCGGUGGCGGCCGCGUCCUCGCUGCGCCCC